UGUACUUGAUAUUCGGGGUGGGUUUAUACCUCUUUACGGAUACAGUACCAGAUUAGUGCAGCUUUGAGCAUCCUGUUCCAUUCAAAGUCAAGUCGGGAUACCAAACUACCAACAUGUCCGAGCUACCAUCGACUAUCUACACAAAUGCAACAAUAAUCACCAUAAAAACCACUCGGGACAUAAUUCUUGAUGGCGAAAUUCACGUUACAGGCAGUUACAUAACAGCCAUCGGAAAAUCCUCGACACUCUCCAAGAAAGGCCUAGAUCCAAGCGCAGAAAUUAUCGAUUUAAAUGGCCAGAUCGUUGUUCCGGGACUCAUCAAUACACAUUCUCAUCUUGCACAGUCCCUUCUUCGUGGGCUUGCAGAAGACCUAUCGCUCCAUUCAUGGCUCUGUGAUGCCAUUUGGCCACUAGAAGCAUGUUAUGAGGCAGAUGACGGAUAUGUGGCUGCCAGAUUGACAAUUGCUGAGAUGCUGAAAAGCGGGACGACUUGCUUUUUCGAGAGCAUGUUGACGCAUCGAUCGGGAUUCGAAAAUGUUGUACGAGCGGUGGAAGAAAGCGGAAUAAGAGGAUGUCUUGUUUGGCUACCCAUCAACUGCGUUUUCGAUCUGUAAGCUAACCUCAUGAAAAGGGCAAAUUGGUGAAGUUUGAAGAAAGCAAUAAGAAACUUAACAUCACCGAUCCAAGAGACAAAGAUGUGGACUCCAUGUCCAUCUCAUAUAUGCUUGCGAUGCAUUCCAAGUACAACAACUCCUGCGAUGGCAGACUGAAAGUAUGGGCUGCUGCUGGCACUCCCCGAGGGUCACCAUUAUCCUCUCAUCUCCCAAUAGGCGAAGCUUGUCGUGAGCAUGAUAUUGGGCUUACCAUGCACUGCGCCGAAGCCCCAAAAGAUCUGACGAUAUAUAAAGAAUGCUACAACUGCACGCCAAUGGAAUUUUGUGAAGCUGCGAAACUCACAGGGCCUCGGACGGUACUCGCUUAUAUGGUGCAUUUAGACCUCCCAGUCGAUUUGCCAAUUCUUGGCAAGACAAAGACCUCGGUAGCUCACAAUCCUAACAGCAAUCUCAAACUUUCAUCUGGUAUCGCUAAGAUUCCAGAGAUGUUGGAGGCCAAAGUGAACGUCAGUCUUGGAACCGAUGGAGCUCCAUGUGGAAAUACUUAUGAUAUGUUUCGGGAAAUGCAUCUGGCAGGUAUAUUGCACAAAGGUGUAAAUCUUGAUGCAUCACUGAUUGGCGCUGAAGAAUCCUUGGAGAUGGCUACUAUCAACGGAACGAUCGCGCUGGGUUUAGAAAAGGAGAUUGGGAGUCUCGAGGUGGGUAAAAAGGCUGACUUUGUGGUGAUUGAUCCUGGUAGUUUACAUGCGGCACCUUUUGAUAAUGACCAGAUAAUGAAAGGGGGUGUCAGCCCAGUAACUACAGUGGUAUACAGCUGCAUUGGGGCAGAUGUAAAAGUAGUUGUGGUCAACGGCAAGAUCCUUGUGAAUAAGGGCUAUUUGGUUAAACAAGACGAAGCAGAGAUAUUGAGACAAGCGAGGAAAUCCGUAGAAGGAAUCAGGCAGCGAUCUGGUGUGAGGGCUACUAGUAGAAAGAAAUGGAAUUUUGUCUGAGUUAGAUAGUCUAAG